AUUCAUGUAUUAGUUAGUGAAUACUCCCUUUAGCAGUGCUAGCGGAUUGGUAAGAAAUCCACAUAAUCUCUGAGCUUGAGAAAUUUACAAUCUAGAGUUGGCUAACUGGAGAAAACAUAAGAGAGUGCAUACAACUAACAAAUUCAGGUUAUGGACAAUGUAUUUAAACCCCCACGCCCUAGCUAUUGGCACGUGGUAAUUUUGUCCAGAGUUUUGGUUACAUGCAUAAUCCAGAGGGGUGUAGAAAAUCAGGUCCUUUCAGUCGCAAUCUAAGGAAGACAUGAAUUGGGGUGUUUAUAAGCCUUGGUGAGGAAGAGAAUUUUAACUGGGACUGGUAACUUGGUGGGCCCACUGACAUACAGUAGAGUGUGAAGAAGAAAACCCCAAGGAUUACAAAGAAUAGUUUUAAUAUUACUAAUUUUUAUCAUUUGCUGAGCCUAUGGGUUUCUUAUUUGAAAUGGCAAUCAAAUAAUUUGUAAGAGUUUGUAGAAAGGUGGAAAGAUUAUUGUAAUACAGGGUAGAUAUUUGCGUUUGUACACACUUGAGGGUAAGCACAAGAAAUAAACACUUAUAAUGGGGAUUACUUAAGCGAAAUGGAUGACACCGACAGCCUUUCUGUACAACAAAUAAUUGCUGUGCUUAACUCCAGUAAUGAAUGUAGUGCCCUGCUGGAUCUGGGACAGCAAGACUUUUGAGUCCAGAUGCGCCAUCUCAUUUCUUGUCCCCCAACGUUUCCUCAGAAGCGAGCGAGCCGCUUCCACAAUAUGGGGACACCGUGGAAGAGCUUCUUGCUUGGGGAGUUCUGCAGCCUUAGCUCCAGGGACCAGCCGACUGAACUUCCUCGAAAACCUCAGGAACGAGAUCACGGGACUGAGACGGCCAGCCGGCUAGAGCGGAUAGGGCCGCACUGCCGCUCUAGUUUAUCUUUUGCUCUCUAUGGUUAGGAGCGCAAGGGUCUCUUCGGCCCGGAAAGAUUUACGUUCCCGAAUGCUUACGCAAGUCUCGGAGGUAGUUCCGGUUCCGGCGUGGCCAUUUUCGUUGCUGGUGUUAAGUUGUGGUGGUUGCUGGUCAGUAACAGCCAAGAUGCUGCGGAAUCUGCUGGCUCUCCGUCAGAUUGGACAGAGAACCAUAAGCACUACUUCCCGCAGGCAUUUUAAAAAUAAAGUUCCAGAGAAACAAAAACUGUUCCAGGAACAGCAUAUGCCAUGUAUCAGCUGGCCGUGGCUGCAUUUCCCAAGAAGCAGGAGUGACUUCAAUCAUCCCAGCAAUCACUUGGUUCAGUUUCAUUCCGCUCUCUAUGGACCAGUAAUCUGAUAACCGAGCUCUUCUCUGGGGAUCAAUAUUUAUUGACUUGUAGUAAGUGCUGCCAAUAAAGCAGUCUUUACCAUG